GUGGUGCUACUGGUGGUGCCGGUGGUGUUUUUGAUAUCACCACCUAUGGUGCCAAACCUGACGCGGAUAUUAGUGCGGCUUUAACAAAUGCCUGGAAGGAGGCAUGUGCGUCGACCACUCCAAGUAAAGUGUUGAUUCCAAAAGGAUCUUACCUAUUAACUGGAGUCAAUAUCAAAGGUCCUUGUAAGAGUUCUAUUGAGCUUCAAGUCGAAGGGACAUUAAAAGCACCAGUCGAACCAAAAGGAGAAGGGUGGCUUUUUGUGGAAUAUGUUGAUUUUUUGACAAUAUCAGGCACUGGAGUCUUUGACGGCAAUGGAAAAGCAGGUUGGGCGAUGAUUGUAUAUCUGUUGGAGAUACUAACAAACAAAUUGUUAUUAGUGAUGUGACUUGCGGACCUGGACAUGGCAUUAGCAUAGGAAGUUUAGGCAAGUACAGUAAGGAGAAAGAAGUGGUAGGAGUUACAGUAAAAAAAUGCAAAUUAAUCAAUACUUCGAAUGGUGUUAGGAUCAAAACAUGGCCCGAUGCUGCUGUCACAUUCCCAGCAACUGACAUGCAUUUCGAAGAUAUUGAAAUGACUAACGUUAGCAAUCCCGUCAUUAUAGACCAAGAAUAUUGUCCAUGGAAUCAAUGCAAUAGAAAGGUUCCAUCAAGCAUUAAAAUCAGCAAAGUCAGCUUCAAGAAUAUCAGAGGUACUUCUGCUACUCCGAUCGCAGUCAAACUUGUUUGCAGCAAAAGUGUACCAUGUGAGGAUGUGGAAGUUGCUGAUAUAGACCUUACUUAUAGUGGAAGUCAAGGACCAAUUAAAUCUCAGUGUGCAAAUGUGAAACCCACUAUUACUGGAAAGCAAAACCCUCCCAUCUGUGCGGAAGUUGCCCCUGCUGAUGCUCCAUCAACUGAUUAAUCUUUUUCACGGGCUCAGAGUCAAACGAGUUUCAUGAAAAACCAUUUUGUAGUUUAUCUCUUUUCAUAAUAUAUAUUUUUUGCUUCAAUGUUGCUUUGUUAUGCUCCAUUUGGAAUGGGCCAUGUUCUCAAUAAUUGUAUUAGUAUUGUUGUAAAAGUGAAAUCAUAGCUUUGGAUAUGAUCACUAAUUUCUCGCUA